AUGCCCAUCACUGAUGGUGGUGGUGAUGGGUUUGGAAGUGCAAAGACGGGUUGCCACCGCAGUCUGCCAUGUCAUCAGAUGCUCAGUGGUGCUAAGUUGAAAACACAAUCAGCCGUUGGCAGCCUGAGGGUUUUGUACGUUUCUUACGUCAUGAACGUAACACCAGUUCUUCAGGACAUGGACGGCAUACUGAAGGCCACAGGUUUGACCACAUUGGAUGUCUUGUUUCUGGAUGUCCAAGGCAUUGAAUUGGAUAUUCUUGGAACUGUGCCUUGGAAAGAAGUCAUAUACUUCAUAUACUUAUAUUUCAAGACAGGUGGAACAUACGUGGAAGCAGGUGCUCACAAUGGACUGAGCGAGUCCAAUAGUCUCUACCUAGAAUUGGCUUUGGGCUGGACUGGUUUACUUGUGGAGCCCAACCCUGAGCGUUUUCAAAAUCUCACAAAAUUGAAAAGAAGAACCAGAAUGGUGUUUGCAGAAUGCAACCCACCAGGACCUUUGAGAUGCGAGCACUUGGCUGACCCUUUGAUGGUGUUUGCGGAAUGCAACCCACCAGGACCUUUGAGAUGCGAGCACUUGGCUGACCCUUUGGUACAAAUUAUGACCAAGUACGGAUACACGAAUAUAACCGAAACAAGAGGGACGUUUGUGGAAGCAGGGGCAAAAGAUGAGGGGACAGGUUCCAACUCGUUGUACCUGCAUGGAAGUGGCCCUGGGUUGGACGGGUUUGCUGGUGGAAGCAGAUCCAAAUUCCUUCAAGCAACUUGCCCAGAUGAACAGGAGAGCAAAAAUUGUGCACGCCUGCUUAAGAUGAUGGGAAACCAGACCCUCCUGCAGGCCUGGCUCCCUCUGUGGGAGGGAGGGAGGCAGAGGAAGGCUGAGCAAGAAUUCUCGCUCAUCCUGCAAAGCAAGGAUUCUUGCUCCUCUGUGGGAGGGAGGGACGGAGGGAGGGAGGCAGAGGAGGGCUGA